AGUCCUGGGGGCAUUCGCUUCUCGCCCCUUCGUUCAUCACUCCGCCUUCUGGUCUCAUCCAAUCAACACAGAUAUCGAGAGAGAGAGAGAGAGAGAUGGCACUGAUAGGGCUCAAAGCGACGCCGUUCGCGGUGGUGACGCAGCUGCUGGGAAUCGCAGGUGCGGUGCUGGUGCUGGUGUGGUGCAUCUACUUCAUGGGCGGCUUGGCUUGGGAAGCCACCAACAAAAGUCUCAUCUUCAACAUUCAUCCCGUGCUGAUGCUUAUUGGCUUGAUCAUCAUCGGAGGUGAAGCAAUCAUAAGUUACAAGACAUUGCCUCUGAGGAAGGAAACGAAGAAGGUGAUACACAUGGUGCUCCACGCCAUCGCUUUGGUACUCGGCAUCGUUGGAAUAUCUGCCGCAUUCAAGUAUCACAAUGAGAGUUCCAUUGCCAACCUCUACAGCUUGCACUCCUGGCUCGGGAUCACCAUCAUUGUCCUCUACGGCAUUCAGUGGAUAUAUGGGUUCAUCAUCUUCUUCUACCCUGGAGGACCGAGCACCCUGAGGAACGACUCGCUUCCGUGGCACGUGCUGUUCGGGUUGUUUGUGUAUAUAUUGGCGGUCGGAAAUGCGAUGCUAGGCUUCUUGGAGAAGCUCACGUUCCUUGAGAACUCGGGGCUUGCGAAGUUCAGUUCCGAGGCCUUGCUCGUCAACUUCACCGCGGUCGUGACAGUACUGUUCGGGACCUUUGUCAUAUUCACCGUUCUUUCUCAGCCCAUUGUCGAAGACGACCAUAGCUAUUCCCCAAUCUAGAUCCUGCCGUCAUCCUGAAUAAGAUUGCUUUAUGUAUAGAACAUCCACGGAUCAUCCGCAGUGGUAGCAGAUGUACUAUAA